AUGGCACAUGCUCGUAUCUCAGCCAACCUUCCCCCGGAUAUAGAUCCCACCAAAGCUCCUAUUGCGUUUGGAAAAAGGGCUCUUCCCAAACUGAAUGAGGAGCUGCAGUCUCCUGAGCUGCUGACUCAGCAGCGGGCACUGAUGGCACUCUGCGAUCUGGUCCAUGACCCAGAAAAAGUCUACCAGGCAAUAGAAAUAGGGUUCUUGGAUAACCUGAAGACUUUGCUGCUACAUCAUGACAGUACUGUCCGACAAAAAACAACACAAAUCCUGUAUAUAAUGGCUAUGCAAAAUGUUGGCAGGCAAGGGCUGAUACAAAAUGGAGUAAUUUCUGUCCUCACUGGGCUCUUGGAUGAUCCACUAGAUACCUGUCGGAAGAACACGCAUCAAAUUCUUAAAAUGAUGGCAAAAUUACCUGAAGGUAAAAUUGUUAAGCGGACUCGAUAA